UGAUGUCGUCAGAGGCCUGGCAGUGCGCAGACUCUGUGAGUCGGACCAUUGAUUGGAAAACAACGGGCUGUGGGAGGACGGCUGAGGGAAGGGAUUCAGACCACAGCUCACACCACGCUGCCAUCUUUCUCUCCUCGUGAUUUUUGCUCCCUUUGGCCCUGGAAUGAAAAGAAUUGCUGCUCGUCCACAGAGGAGAGCGUCUUAGACACAGAUCAUCCCCGUCCCACAGUCUGGCUCGUCUGCUGCAGGGUUCCCAUAUUGCACUGAAUUGACGAGGGCACAAUGGAAGCCCCUCUUGUGUGUUUGGAUGAAGAAUUUGAGGACCUCCGGCCCUGCCAGAUGGAUGAGUUAGACCAUCCAAUACUCAACCACUCUUCUUACUCUCCCACCACCACCACCACCACCAUGGUCCCCCUGGCUUCCAUCACCCGUGAGGACAUUUCUGAGCUGGAAAACUUCUCUGAGAUGAUGAGCUUCAAGUCAAUGGAGGACCUGGUCAAUGAGUUUGAUGAGAAGCUCAAUGUCUGCUUCCACAACUACAACACCAAGACAGAGGGCCUGGCACCCAUACGCAACCAGACGGACAACCGAGAGGAAGAGGAGCGUCUGCAGGACGAGGAUGUGUGGGGUGCCCUCACAGAUAACUACAUCUCCACCUGGGACAGCCCCAACUCAGAGGGACUCAACGGAAAUCUUUCUGAUCAGGAGAUCCACGAAAAAGAGGAAGAGGAGAUGAAUGAGAAGAAUGACAACGCUAACUGCCUGAAUGAAGAGCCUCUAAUCACAGCUGAUCAGGUCAUUGAGGAGAUAGUGGAGAUGAUGGAGAACUCACCGGAUCCUGGUGAAACUGAGGAGGAGGAUGAGGAGGAGGGCAGCCACUGCUCCUCCAGGACCAACCCAUCCCUCCUGGAGGAGAUCAGGCAGCUGUCACAGGCUUCCAACAACAACUGCUCCUACGAAGGCCUGAGUCUGAUGCCCAGUUCAGCGCUGGUCACGUUGUUGCAUCGGGUGGAGGCCGCCAUCCGCGAGUACUCAGAGGAGCUGGUGAGCCAGCUGGCCCGGCGUGACGAACUGGAGUUUGAGAAAGAGGUGAAGAACACAUUCAUCACAGCCCUGAUGGAGGUGCAGAACAGGCAGAAGGAGCAGCGAGAAAGCAGCAAACACCGCCGCCGAGACAAGGCCCUGAGCCUGCAGGGGACCGCGACCAUCAUAGGAGGGAAUAUGAGCUCCACAACACGCACGGAGAAGACAGGGAGCAUGCCCGUCAAGCGUUUCAGCAUGGAGGGAUUGUCCAACAUCCUGCAGACGGGCAUCAGACAGACAUUUGGAAGCACAGUGAAUGAGAAACAGUAUCUAAACACAGUAAUUCCAUACGAAAAGAAAGGAACCCCUCCAUCGGUCGACGACCUGCAGAUGCUCACAAAAAUUCUUUAUGCCAUGAAGGAGGACAGUGAGAAGGUGCCGACAUUACUGACUGACUACAUAUUAAAAGUGUUGUGUCCUACCUAAAGGGUCCCCAGGCUAGGGGCAAAGUCUGUGCUGGAAAAUUCCCUUCCCAAGGGUUUUUCCAACCUGGCAGCCCUCCUGGCCCCUGGCCCAAGCUGCAUGACCCCAGCCCUCCUUCAUGGAUCCUCACCAUCGACAUUAUCAUACUCACCUCGAUGACGCCUGCCUUUUGCUGAGCUCACCUCCUCCCGUCCUGCAUAUCCAGCUCAGGCCAAACAACAAACAGCAUCUGACCACAGGUGGGCAGGCCGCCACCCACUUCUAAUGACCUUCAUGAAGCAUGAUACGCUUUUAACGACCUCAACAACACACUGGUACAGGGAUAUAAUU